AAUACCGAAGAAUUUCAAUCGAAUCUAGGUAUUUUUUUAUUUAAAAAUUAUCUUGAUUCUAUUCGUUGUUACAUGAAUAUGAAAUACUUGACCUGUAAGUUCCCAGAUAUAUCUCCAGAAAUCAGUGAACUUUUUUCGAAAGGAGACAAACCGAAAGUGAUAAUUGGUAUCCUUGGACGUUCCUUAGACACAAAAUGCAACAAAUUGAAAGAAUUCGACAUUCUUCAGGAUAUUCAACUUCUUGAUCAACUUGAGAAUGGAAAAGAUGGAGACAUCCGAUUCUUUGGUUGUUCAUCUGAAGAUACUAUUUACGUGCAUUUUAACACGAUUUAUGACUUUGCCAUCAUGAGAGAUUGCCUCGAAGAAAUUUCAUCAGGAAAAUGUUCCUCAUUGGAGUCCUUCGUGUCAUUUAAUAGUCACGCUCGUACUACAUUUGGCAGAAUUUUGCUGUUUGCAUUGCAAGUUUGUCACAUCUUAGUGUUGACAGAGCCUGGACCGUGUUUUGAUGCCAGCUAUUUAACGUUAUUCAAAUCCUUGAAGAUCAUCCGGGAAAAGUACGUGUUGAAAUUUCUACCGAAAAUGCUGAAAAAUGUUACAUCAAUGAAAUUCCUGGAGGUGGAAGGUCGUGUUUGCUCUCCACGUGUUUUGUUCCUAUUUGAAUCAGCUUUGCAAGAGUGCGAAAAUGACCUUGAUUGGUUGCGAAUGGAAGAAGCAAUGGAAGAACAUAUUUACCAACAACUUCGGAACGAGUUCAUUAUAACGAACAACAGUUCAAUGUCCCUUUUUUCCGUAUCGCGGAAACGAAGAUUCGUCUAUAUCGCAAAGGAACAAAAGUUUGUUGAUGCACAGGAAAGCUCUCAUGAUAUACUAAUGUCCCUGUUGAAUGGUACACUCGAUUCGGAGACGAUGCUGGAGCAGAUGCAGCCUUAUAAGGGUUUCGCAAAAUCGUGGAAUCAUGACACGAAAAAGGAAACUUUUAUGGACAUGAAUAAAAAACGGUUUCAGUCGCUAAUCAUGGAGCACGUUCGAGAAGCGCUAUCGCAUGGCUUCGACGAUAAUUUGUCCAAAUACCGUGGAAAAGGACAUUUUUCCAUUCCAAGCUUCAAACAAUGGAUCGAAGCAUUUCGUUUGUUGUACAAAAUUUUCAUCGAAAACACUAUGGACAUCAAUUUCGAGGCAAAUGACGCGCAGUACGCCGCUUACAUAGAAAACUUCCACGGAAUCGUCGAUAUUGAUGAGAAAUUUUUCGAAGAUGCAUGCCAAAAGGGUCUGGAACUUGGAAUGUCCACAUACAACGAAGGUUUGCCGCAUCAUUAUAGCUUUGCAUUUCAUGAGCAACGAAAACGCGAUGCUUUGGCAGCCUUUUCGACAAUUGCUAGAGGACCUUUGUAUGACAGCUACUACGAAAAAUUGAAAGAUGCGUGCGAAAGUGUUUGGGGUAACGGAAAACAGGCUUGCGAGCAUUUAUCGUUGCGAGGAAAUCCCUGCAUGAUGGCGAAACACACACCAAAAGACCCGAAUGAGCAUUCGAGUGGUGUGAUUUUCAUAUCUGCUUGUAAUUGCGGAAAGGUGCAGGGAAAUCGCGCGGAUCCGUAUACCGUUAAGAAGGCAAAUUAUGAUUUUUAUCAGACUUUGGCCAUGAACUGUCCAAAUUGCUUAAAAAUAGAAAAGUUCAGAUUUCCCGUGUUUCAGCCAUCUGUCAAGGAUUUCAAAGCUACAGCGUUAAAGUUAAAAUCGUUAAUUGGGGACGAAGCAUCACCAGGAGCUGCUGUUACGCCUGAUGUCGUAUCGUCAAUCCACUUGUCGGGCAGCCAAAAGACCCAGAGUCAAGAUAACUUGAGUAUUCCCGAUAGUCAGGAAAGUCCCUCGGACAAAAGUGACAAAGAGAGCGUGGAGGAAGACGAUGAAAUUGUCAUAAAAAUCGGUGAAAAGACAGAUGAAGCACAUGUAGAACGAUUAAUUUCCACCACCGAAUACCUUGCUUCCAUGAUUCAGGUGAACUCUCCGCAAGGAGUGCUACCACAAUUUCCGAGUUUUUCACUUGUUUGCGUCGGACCGAGUAGUAUUUACAGUCAUAACACUGGCUUACCCGAAAGUACUCAAUCCGGUUUCCUAUCUGGAUCCAAUUUUCUUCUUCCGUGGGACAUGAAAAUCCGUCUUGAGCAUCAACAAUCGUGGGCAGAACGAUACGAGAAAACGCGUCAGCGACGAAAACACGGAAAUGCCUCUGCUCUUACGGAUGGCCAGAAUUUUAAUCUGAAAAUUUUUGUUGGAUGUGAAUACGAGUGUCAACGAGGACAUCGAUUUUUCCUAUCAUCACCGACUCAAGUACUGAAAGGUAGCCAGAGUAUCGUCCGUGAUUCUGGAAGUAAAAUUGUUUCAAAUGACAUGCCUUUGUAUACGCUUUGUCCGUGUACCAGUGCCACUAAAAAAAUGCAAAUGAUAGCUCAACUCAUGAGAGUUCAUAUCGUAACGCCAAAAGCGCCUGUGAAUGUCAUCAUUGAUCCAAAAGUGAAGCUAAAUGUCUCCGGAAAUUCUCGAACUGGCAAUUCUUAUAUUUUUACCACCGGAGUUCAGGACAAAAUCAAGUUAAGUCAAAGCACUUACUGGAUAUUACGAUUACCUUUUGUUUACGAAAGCGAUAACGGUCCUAUUUUACCACCAAUGGAAUGUACCGCAGACACGGCAAUCAAUUAUGGAUGUCUAGUUGCGGGUAUGUUUGGUGUAAAGGAAAGCGAUUCGUUAGAUAGUUUUGAAUAGAAAUGUUAAAUAUUGUUUGAAAAAUAAAAAAAAAAUUAUUUUAUUUCGGAUA